CUUCUGCUCCGCGCGGUGAUUCACUCCCUCCUUCGCCCCGGGGGCCCCCUUCCCGGCCAGACGGCGGGCAAGACGGCUGGGUGUGCAGCGUACUCGAACCCGCGAGCAAACCAGCAGAUUCUCCGCUCCCGUUGAGACACCGGCCCACGCCAUGGCGGAUUCCGAGCGCUUCUCGGCCCCCGGCUGUUGGGCCGCCUGUACCAGAUUUUGGCGCACCCGAAAGGGAAUUCUCCUGUUUGCUGAGAUUAUCCUGUGCCUGGUGAUCCUCAUCUGCUUCAGUGCCUCCACACCUGGAUACUCCUCCCUGUCAGUGAUUGAAAUGGUCCUUGCUGCUGUCUUCUUUGUCAUCUACAUGUGUGACCUGCACACCAAGAUACAGUUCAUCAACUGGCCUUGGAGUGAUUUCUUGCGAACCAUCAUAGCAGCCAUCCUCUACUUGAUCACCUCCAUUGUUGUUCUUGUUGACAGAAGAAACAACUCCACGAUAGUUGCUGGGGUACUGGGCCUACUCGCUACCUUCCUCUUUGGCUAUGAUGCCUAUUUCACCUUCCCUUUGCGCCAACAAAGACACACAGCGGCGCCUACUGACCCUGCAGAUGGCCCUGUGUAGGUGAAUCACCCUUCAUUUCUCCUUGCAACCUGCAAGACACCUUGGAAGUUACUCCUUCCCACCCUACAACAGUACUCCCAGCCUACUUCUGCCCCCUUGAGGUAAAAGUGCCUUUAUCUGGAGAAUUUGUCUUCCAGCCUGCCAGUCAGCCUUCCUGGGUGUGACCACCUUUGGGUGUGUGCCUAAUUCCUCCUGCCUUUUGCAGUAUCCCAAAGGAGCCACCAGUUCUGUCUAAACUAUGCCCCCACCUAAUCCACAAAAUGAAGGCACCACAGAUUUAGACUCCAGGUGACAAGUUGUGUGCCACUCCAAGUAACCUCCUCUGUGUGAGGGGUAGUUUUGUGGAGGGAUAAAUAAAUUCUAAUAAACAGAUGGUUACACAUGGUAAUGAAUAAAUUAAUCCUCUG